GGCUGGAUUGCUCCAGUUCAGUUUUGCCAUUCUUGUGCCCCUCUGUGAUAAGGGGACCAGGAUGCCAGAGAUUAAUUGGCUUUGUGGUUAGAGGAACUGUGUGCUGUUUGCUUUGUUAGUUCUAAGGAUUGCUGUGCUCUUCUGUGAGUUAACAAAAUGCAUGUAUCAGCCGCACCAGUGAAAUGGGCCUACUUCCAUACACCUCACAUCACUAACUCUGGAGCAGACACACCCAGAGCAAGAUGGAAUUCGACCUCUUUAUAGCAGAUGCUCACCUCCCAAAUGCCCCCAAAAUAACACGGAUAAGGACAGUUUCAUACUAGAGGUCAUUACCCAUCUCUUCUAACUGUAGAGAUCUUGGACUGAUACAUGUGAAUCAUGUUUGUGUGCUGUCAUAUAAGUCGCUGCUAGUGGCCUACAACCUUUCCCUUAUUUUCACGCUUGUUACUCAUUUGUUGCAAAGCACUUUGUCCCCAUUCCUCCAGGCAACAGUUCUGUUAUGGGGCAUGACAUCCUGCCAGUGACUGAAGCCAGCAUGUGUCGCAUGUUGCUACAUUUAGAGGCUCUCCUGUCCUAAUGCCCCACAACAUCCUGGACCUUUUCAUAAAUAAAUACGAAGCUCUUCUGAAGGCUGCUUGCACUGUUUCUCCAACACUUCACUGCACAUAUAGGCUGACUUCAUCCUGAUGUGGCAAACAGCUCCACCUGUCUCUUACAAGGAUGUUCCAUCACACCUUUCUGAUUUGUGGGGCAAGAGGUUGUGCAGUUAGUAACACAUAGUAGUAUAAGAGCAUUAUUUUCCCCUGAGUUCUAGUAUCUUGAUUUGACAGAUAAGAACUCUGCAUUUCUACUUAGUUCAAGAAAGAGGAAAGUAGUCGGCCAAUAGAGAGAGAGAAAGGCCCAGAAACAGAUCAAGAUCAGAGAAAAAUAGGGCUAGGAACGGAUGAUCUGCUACACAGACUUAAAGAGAAUCACAGGUUCAUAGACUGUUCACAUCAAGGUCCUGUAAAUGCUAAGAAGCUGAGAUCAAGAGCAAUUACAGGUUAGAAAAUAGGAACACAAAGGAAACAAUGACUUUGGGUGUGCUCAAGUUGCUUAAGCCAAAGGUUCAAUAGCUUUGUACCGGGGUGAAUGGAAACUCCCAAGAUUACUGGUACUCUUAUGAAUUUGUACUUUCUAAUGAGGCUUUACAAAGCCAUGCUUCUGAGGGAAGUCUAUUGACUGGGUGAAUGUGCGAAUGUUUCAGAAUUGAAGGAUAUUUCCUGCUAGGGUUUUAGGCUGGCCAGUUCAAGUUACACUUAGAGUAGGGACAUCACGGCAGUGGCUUGGUGGUUAGGUUAGGCAUCUGCAUAUGUUCGGAGUUCCCUUGCUUUGUGUGCUCACAGGAGAGCAACUCCUUUUAAUUCGGUUAGAACAGAAGAUGCAUUCAAGUUCAUCAGGUGCUAGUAACUUACAUCUGAUCAGGAGUGUUUUGUUCACAGCUACCUCCAGGCCCCUCCUGAAACAAUGUAGAUUUUAAACAAGGUCCUGGACUGGUGUUCAGAAUGAAUGUGUAAAAGUCAUAAUGGUUGAGCUUCUCAGCAAUAACCUAGAAGAGAGAAUGAAGGACUUCUCUCGGGAGAGUUCAGUUUUGUAGAAUAAUGGUUCAGUAUUAGGGGUCUUAGCUUUUAUGUUGGUACUAUUGAUACCUUGGUCUGUUGCGCAUUCAAAAAGCACAUACUUUGCAUCCAAAUGGUCUCAUUUCAGUCUUUGGUCUUUCCAUUUAAAAGAACUUUAGAUGUCAGGGCAAAUACUCCUCUAUGAGACAGUGAAGAAUUGUUGCCUGACCUUCUUUGGAGCACUAAGUUAUGUGGACCAUUGGCCUGAUAGUUAAGGCAGUUUCUUAUCUUCACUCUGCUCUUUUAUGAUUAUUUUAUCUUUUAUUAUUAUUUGCACCUGGUGGAUCUUUUUCUUCUAGCUACAUAGGCAUGUUCACUGUCACAAAAUGGCACUGCUGAAUGCAAUCAUUUCAAUGGGCAGGAGAUGCCCCUGCUCUGAUUAAGUGGAAAAAUGUAACCCUGCAGGGAGGUAGGUUUUGUGUUCCUAUUGUCAAGAAGAGGAAUUGAUGAGUGAAGGCUGGUAUACAGAACAGUCCCAUAAAAACAGGGAGAGAGCAGGGACUGUGAGAGGCCAUGAGAUGACCCUUGCUGGAUCAUCUCAUCUAGUCCACUCUUCCAUUCACAUAGUGACCAACCAGCUACCAACAAGAUCCCACAAGUAGGACGUGAAUGGAACAACACCUUCCUAACACGUAGCCAUGUUCUCCAGCAAUUGGUAUACAUAGAUAUACUGCCUCUGAUACCGAAUGUAGCAUAGAGCCAUCAGGUGUCAUAGCCAUUGAUAGCUUCUGCUCCAGGAAUUGGUCUAAUUCACUUCUAUAACUGUCCACAUUGGUGGCCAAACUUGUGCAGCUGAAUUUCAUAGCUGAACUAUGCAUCAUAUGAAGAAUUUCUUCCUUUUAUCUGUCCCUUUAUCUAUCCUCACACGAAUCAGCUUCAUGGGAUGACUUCUGGGUUCCAGUAUUGGGAAUGAGGGAGAAGAAGGUCUGCCUAUCCAUUUUCUCCACAUAUUAUAUCAUUUUGUACACCACUGUUGGGGGUUGGACCUGAUGGCCUUCUGGCCCCUUCCAGCUCUAUUAUUCUAUGAUCACAUCUCCCCCAUUCUCCUUAUUUCUAAGCUAACCAGCCCCAGACAUUGCAACCUGGUCUCAUAAGGAGCUCUCUAGCCCCCUAUUCUGCACCAAUUCAACAGUAUACUUUUUAGGUGCUCCCAUCAGACUAAAAAUAUCUAUCUCUGAGUUGAGGCAUUCUGAAGCAUAUGUAAAUUUUGAAUUCUGCCUCUGAAAUGUCAAGAAUGCUAGGUUAUACCCAAAUCUUACCAAUUCCCUUUAACAAGACUUGGGCGAUUACCAGCAGCAACGGUAGGAUGAAAACUGCAGUGUAAACUAAGCAUGAUACCUUCCCCUUUUUUUCCUCUGUGGCCAGGAAUGUUUAUCUAUAUAUUUUAGUGGUAUGAAUUGUUUGCCCUCUUGAUGGCCAUGCACAGUCAAUAGAGUGAAGGGAAAUUCAGCCUGGAGACAUGCAUCAGCAAGAAAACUGCAAGAUUAAGAUUAAGCUGCAAAAAUAUUGUACUGUGAAAGGAAUAAAAGCCCGAGAGAAAAGAGAAGCUGUUGACUGGACUGAAAUGGCAUGUACAGGAACUGGAUUCAUUUGUGAUCAUUAGCAGGUGAUACUCAGUUUUGAAUGGGCCACUCUGUUGGCUACCCUUUAAUUUCAGAGUGAGUAAAGACGUCUCCAUUUCUUUCAAGACUGCUCUUCCCCUUAAGGACACUUCAUAGUACUGCUGCCUUUGCAACAGCACCAGGAUGGAAAUUUAAGACCAGGGUUGACUAAGGUCCUUGAGGGAAUGCUUGUCAGUCCCAUGGGCCAGCUGGUCCAGAUAUCUGUCAUCAAGUACCCUGCACAGCAGACAGCGUAUCCUGUGGCUUUAGUCACUCCUGUCCUAAACUGCCAUAAACAGUCGUGUGAUGACACCUGUCCUGAGCAGAAAGUGUGGAGAGAGAAUUCCUUACUGCGUACCUGAGAACCGGGUCAGGUGUGCUGCUCGAGCUCUAAAAACAGGUGCUGGGCCCCACUCCUCCUGAUCUGAGCACUGCUUGUGAUGACUCUCUUAUACAGUAUUAAUGCUGCAUACGCUCAAGAGCACUGUUGAUCACUCCACAUGCUCCCGAGUUACAUCUUGGGUUUCUGGGGCCGAGACUUGGUAUGUAUUAAAGAGCACUUGUUAAUCCACAGAUACUGGUGGUUAUGAAUAGCUGAAGCUUCCAAUGUUUAAGAUCUUACAUCUGCAUGUAUGUGUUUCAAAUAAGAGAAGGGCGGAAUAGCAGAUGGUGCAGAAGGCUUGCUGUUCACAGAAAGACAACUAUGGGAGAUGUCUCAGGCCUCUGAAGCAGGGGAGCAGAUGCUGCAUUCAUCACUGGCCCAUCUGCUCUCUUCGCUUCUGCCAUAUCUACAGGCAUUUGCACAUUGGUGAUAUGUCAACAAAAGAACAACUGCAGCUACCUUUUCAUGGGCCCAUCUGCUUAGUCACUGGCUGAGCAAGGAGGAAUUGUACGUGUCCAGACAUGCCUGUGAAUAUGGAGGAAUCUAGGCAGAGUUCCUGCUGGGGACUGUACAGAAGGAUGGCAGCUGCAGAACCUUUGACUGCUUUCUCCCGCUGGUACCUCUAUGCCAUUCAUGGCUACUUCUGCGAGGUGAUGUUCACAGCUGCUUGGGAAUUUGUGGUCAAUUUCAACUGGAAGUUCCCAGGUGUCACCAGUGUAUGGGCACUCUUCAUUUAUGGAACUUCCAUCCUCAUUGUAGAAAAGAUGUACCUGUACCUGAAGGACAAGUGUAACAUCCUAGUGCGCUGCCUCAUUUAUACCCUAUGGACGUAUGUCUGGGAGUUCACCACUGGCUUCAUCCUGCGCCAGUUCAAUGCCUGCCCUUGGGACUAUUCACAGUUUGACUUGAACUUCAUGGGCCUCAUAACCCUGGAGUAUGCCAUUCCAUGGUUCUGCGCAGCAUUUAUCAUGGAACAACUAGUUAUCAGGAACACCCUGCGUUUGCGUUUUGACGAGAAUGCCGAACCAGGGAUUCCCACUGCUGCUGUAACCUUGGCCAAUGGUCAUGUGAAAACUAACUGAAUCGGUUUAGAACUACAGCUUGGCUAAGUGAACUCUCCUGCCCCCUUCAAUGGAGACUUGUGAUGACGGCCUCAAAAACAAAACUUCUCUUUCCUGUAUGAUAAACAAACCUCCUGGGUUUGGAGGUGUGCAUGAAAAAAGCAGAAUCAGUAGGUUUUCUAUGGAUCUUACUCUUUUUUUUUUUUUGUUUAAGUCACAGGUAGCGAUAUCAGUUACCUGUUGGCUGGAUAGUUUGACUUGUAACUUUAACUUACUAUGAAACCAGUCCUAUUACCUGCAUUUUACUGCAUACAGGGAGAAAUAAGAGAACAUGCUAGUCAACAUUGUACAAAUAUCAAGUUAGUAGAUUGACAUAGAUGCCCCAGUUAACUUAGUGAUUGGCUUAUAUUCCAUUAGGCAAUAUUCUGGUGCUUGCCUGCAACCAAUACCUCCCAUGGGACCUGAGAUGCUGCAGGAUCAAGGAACAAUCAGCAGCUGUUGAGACAGCCUGACAGUGGCAGUCAAAUGGAGAGGUAGAAUUUGCCCUCUUGUGUGCUCUUCCUAACACUUUUUUAUUGCACCAGAGUGUAUGAUAAUAUGGUGCUGGACAUCUUGUUGGAUUUAUAUUAAAAAGAUUAUUUUUUGAA